UCCAUAUUUAGAUGAACAUAAACUGCUAAGAGUCAAUGGUCGGUUGGCUAAUUCUGAUUUAAGUUUCAAUGAAAGGUUUCCUAUAAUACUACCGGAAACUUCUAGGUUUUGCAAGCUUCUCAUCGACUUUACCCAUAAAAUACUUCUGCAUGCUGAGCACCAGAUAAUGCUACGGGCAAUACGGCAGGAGUUCUACAUUAUUCGGCUUAAAAGUGCUAUUCGUCAGUGCGUCAGAAGCUGCAAAAUAUGCACUAUUUACAAACAUAAAAUACGGAAUCAAAUAAUGGCCGCUCUACCAGCGGAACGGUGCACUUUUUCUUUACCAUUUACUCAUACUGGGCUCGAUUUCGCGGGCCCAUUCGAUUUGAAGUCAUCUAAACUCCGAAACGCCAAGUUGCAGAAAGGCUACGCUGCUAUUUUUGUUUGUUUAUCUACACGUGCCGUUCAUUUGGAGGCUUGUUCGGACUUAUCCACAGAUGCUUUUCUCUCCACAUUUAAUCGAUUUGUUGGCCGUAGGGGGUUUCCUAAUCAAGUUUUUUCCGACAACGGAACUAAUUUCGUUGGAGCGAGUAGAUCGCUUAUGAAGGAAUACAGGGAAUUUCUGAAGGCAACUGAGAAAUCCAUUGCAGAGAAGUAUGGAAUGCAUGGGUUCACUUGGCAUUUCAUUCCGCCUCACGCUCCACACAUGGGUGGUUUGUGGGAGGCAGCUGUCAAAAGUAUGAAGUCCCAUCUACGAAAAGUUGCUUCCGGUCUUAAAUUUACAUACGAGGAGUUCUCUACGUUACUGGUGAGAAUCGAAAGUAUACUCAACUCCCGACCGCUGUCCCCAAUUAGCGAGGAUCCGUCUGAACUACUUCCACUUACACCUGGCCACUUACUUCGGGGCGCUGCAUUAAUGGCUAUCCCGGAAGAAUAUUCAGACAACCAAUCAUUAUUAAAUCGCUGGCAAAGACUUAAAACUUUGCAACUUCUGUUUGCCAAAAGGUGGAAGAAUGAAUAUGUGUGCGAGUUGCAGAGACGAUAUAAAUGGAAGUCUGCCCAAGUAAACUUAAAAGAGAACGAUUUCGUCAUUGUAAAAAAUGACAAUCUUCCCCCUACUGAAUGGUGUCUGGGAAGAGUCAUCAAAGUUUUCACUGGUAAAGAUUCCAAUCACACCCAAAUGUCGAAUUUGCAAGGAUCGACAUUUCCUCAAACAUUGUCCCGCCUUCCAAGGAAUGUCUGUGGUAAGGAGACGAGAGGUAAUCAGAGAAAAGGGAUUUUGCUUUAAUUGCCUCUGUACCGCUCAUACCCGGAAUUGGUGUCCAUCACGAAAUAAGUGCAUGGUAUGUCAACUCAACCACCAUACAAUGGUACAUGUGGACCAAUCCUCAACUCCUAAAGCCACUCUUCAACAUAUGCAUCAACACUCCCAAAACACUACACGCAAGAUCGAAAAAAAUGGCCGUUCGUGCAACAGUCGCAAACCCAACAGCACUCAGCACCGUGCAAAAUCCAAAGCUCAAGAUCAGGAACCGCACCUACACUUCAGAGAACGGCUAAGCCAUCGGACAAGACAGCACGUUUUUCUUCCAACAUUGCUAGCUAGGAUCCCAACACCCGAUGGCCCAGCAAAAACGAGAAUUCUCAUGAAUUCCGGUGAGGUUCAAACAAUGAUUCUUCAAACCCUAGUCGAGCGACUGCAUCUUCGCACAACCAGAAAGGAUAACAAGGAGUACUGCACAUUGAAUUUGGAAUCAUACCAAGAUCCUUUAGCAAAAAUCCAGAUCAUAGGUAUGGUCCAAAAAAAGUUCCGAACAACUCUCCCCAAACCAAUCAGCGAACCAAAGCUGCGUGCCAUAUACGACCACAUUACCGAUCUAGCAGAUCCGAACUUCCACAAUCCGUGCAACGUCGAAAUUUUGCUGGCUAAUGACCAAAUACCAAGAAUAUUGCGAGCUGGGAUGAUCCAGACUUCCUCAAGUAUGCCUAUAGCCCAGAGCACAAUAUUCGGCUGGACAAUUUCUGGAGCUUGUCGCUACUAAUGUUGCAUUCAUGCAAGGCGGCCGGCAUGUUGAAACCAGUUCAACACCAUUAUUAUCUUAAAUGAAUUUAAAUGAAGUCAAAUGAAUUAUUAUACUGUAUUGAAUUUCCCCUACAUAUUUGUAUGAUUAAUGCUAGAAUAUGGCAACUCAUUGCUUUAGCCUGCAGCGCAGAUAAAAGCUUUCAUUUAGUACUAUAAGCCUAUUUGUCUCACUCCAACUUUCACCUAAUAGCUGAAAUUAACUAUUAUGAACCCAGCUUUAUGCUGACUUAGCCUCAUAGAACGGACUUGUGCAGCAUCAUUGACAGGAGGCGGUAAGGAGUAAUCUCUAAUAAAACUGUUCAAACACAUCAAACUGAA